UAUCUUUCUAUCUAAAAAUAUUAAAUUAAUUUAUAUCCGCAAAGUAGAAAAAACUAGCUAGGAGAAAUAAUAGUAUAAUAGAGAAUUCAAAUAGAAUACAUUAACAAAAUAUAAGUUAUAAAUCAUAUAGAUAAGAAUAGUAUUUACUUAAAAUGCUCAGUUAAAGAAUAUUUAAAUGGUUUUCUAAAUUAGAUGAUAAAGUAACUACAAGUGUUAUGAGCAAUUAUACUAACUUUCGUGAAAGGAAAUUCGUAGAUUAGGUUAAAGUUAAAUUUUAAGCUGGAAAUGGUGGUAACGGAUGUGUUAGUCAUUUUAGAGAUAGAAAUGUAUUGACAGGAGCUCCAGAUGGUGGUGAUGGUGGUAAAGGAGGUGACAUUCUUUUGAAAGCAUCCCAUCAUUUUACUGACUUGCAUAUGUUUAAGGGAAAACCUAUAAUUGGAAAUAAUGGUAAAAGUGGUGGAGGUCUAGGAAGAUUCGGAAAGGACGGAGGAGAUCUUCAUAUCAGUGUUCCAGUAGGAACUCUUAUUUAUGAAAUUCUCAGCGAAACCUAGAGUGUCAAUCAAGCUGGUGUUAGAAAAAUCUAAUAUAAUAAAAAGUUCUUGAGCGAUUUGGACGAAGAGGGGAAAGAGGUUCUUAUUGUUAAAGGUGGUAAAGGUGGUAGAGGUAAUUAAAAUCAUAGAUCAAUAAAAGAAUAAGAAAAGGGUACUCUUGGUUAAGUUAAAGAAAUAUUUAUGGAGUUGAAGUGUAUUGCUGAUUGCGGAUUAGUAGGUUUCCCUAAUGCAGGUAAGUCUACUUUUUUAGCAAGUGUAAGUCGUUCUUUGCCUAAAAUUGCUAAUUACCCUUUUACUACUCUCACACCUUUAGUUGGAAAAGUUAAAUUUGUUGAUAAUUCUGCAUUUACAAUUGCAGAUAUUCCUGGUAUUAUUGAAGAAUCUCAUUAAAAUAAAGGCUUAGGUUUAGAAUUCCUACGUCAUAUAGAAAGAACUCACGUUCUCAUUUUUAUGUUAGAUAUUAGUGGAUCUCAUAAUGAAGAGCCUUGGAAAAAUUUUGAAAUUCUGAAAAAUGAGCUCUUGUAGUAUCGUUCUGACUUCUUAGAUAAACCUUAUAUUGUAGUAGCAAAUAAAACUGAUAUUGAACCUGACAGCUAAAGAAGAAUAAAAGAAUUAGAGUAAAAAGUAGGUAAAAAAGUCUUUGAAAUCAGUGCUAAGCACGGUUUGGGCAUAGGAGAAGUAAUAUUAGAGUUGAGAAGAAUUUUAUAAGAAAUGGGAAAAAUUGUUUACUAUUGAAGAAAAUUGGUAUUUUAAGGUAAAAAAAACUUGAAAUAAAAAAAAUAAUAAUUUUAAACAAGAUCGAAAUCGUUUAAAUUAAAUAUAUAAAAUUAGUAUAAAUAAGAAUUCCUGAAUCAUGAAUUGUAUAUAAAUAACAAAGAUUUAAUAAUAAGUAAUUUAAUGUAUAAAAUUAAGUAAUAUUGUUUUUUUAAUAAAUUAUUUAUUUAAAGAAACUGUCUUUAUGAUAGAUAAUUAAUAAAUGAAUGAAUGAAUUGAGCAU